AUGACUCUUCUCCAACCAACCUCUCACCAUCGCCGUUCCUCCCAUCGCCCCACCCGUCUCUACCGUGCCUUCCGCUCCGCCUUCCGCUCCCUCCCCAUCCUCACUCCGGCCACUUGCCGUCUACACGGCUCUCUCCACCGCGGCACCUCCGCCUCCCCUGACGGUCACAUCCACGGCGCCACCCGCACAACCGGCACCCUCUUCGGCCACCGCAAAGCCCGCAUCUCCCUCUCCUUCCAAGACAACCCACGCAGCCUCCCUCUCCUCCUUCUCGACCUCUCCAUCCCCACCGCCAAAUUCAUGCAAGAACUCGGUUCUUCCGGCCUUCUCCGCGUAGCUCUCGAGUGUGAGAAGAAAACAGCCGACAAAACCAAGCUUCUUGACGAGCCUGCUUGGACGGCCUUCGUCAAUGGCCGGAGCAUUGGCUAUGCGACUCGGCGUGACCCGACGGAGAAUGACUUGAUGGUCAUGCAGUUGCUGCAGGCUGUGUCCAUGGGUGCCGGUGUUUUGCCGAACGAGGACCCGGUUGAGGGUGAGCUCACGUACAUGCGCGCGCACUUUGAUAGGGUGGUUGGGUCCCGGGAUUCUGAAACUUUUUAUAUGCUUAAUCCUGAUGGAAAUUCUGGGCCUGAACUCACUGUUUUUUUCGUUAGGAUUUGAUUUUUUUUAUUUUUUUUUUAUUUUUGUUUUUGGGUU